AUGAAACUUUUCUUACCCUUUUUCCUGUAUUUCGCUGUCGCCAUAUCGACCAGCUUCGGAACUUUGGCUUUGGAUAAAGAUGGUGCUGUUUUGACAGUCACUAUUAAUAAUACCAAUAGUGCGAUCAACUUAUUCCGCCACGAAACAGUUGUCGAGAUAAGCGAGCCCAACCCAGACGCACCUGGACUUGCAGCCAUUCAGGGCGCAACAUUCUUGAAUAUGAGCAACCUGCCUCAGCCUGUGAUUGCCAUGGUCAGUGGUCCUGCCCGAGGUAUAGCAAACGAGUUCCUUGCAGCGUGCGAUAUGCGAUUUGCUUCAAAGAAUGCUCGUUUCAGCAACUUUGAAGUAACGCUCGGUCUUCAUCCCGGGACAGGUGGUGUUGCGUGGAUGCCAUUGCAUAUUGGACGGGCCCGUGCCAUGGAAUUCGUGCUUUCAGGGAACGAUCUUGACCCAGAAACGGCUGAGAAAUAUGGCUAUGUCAACAAGGCAUUCGACACGCCGGAAGAAAUGAACAAGUAUGUUGAGAGGCUGGCACAACGAAUUGCCCUAUUCCCUCUAGCGGGUAUAUCCAGCAUUAAAAAGUCGGUCACAGAUACAAUCCAGCCGAAGUCAGCACAAAUCGCUAUUGAGGGAGCUGAGUGGGACAGGCUGGUGGGCCAAAAACUAGAAAUGGAAUUGGUGGGCAAGUUUGUGACAAUCAGCAAGAAUUUUACAGAUGUCGAGUUUGAGCUUCAUGUCCCGCAGGACGUGAUCAAGGUUUACGAAAACUAA